AUGAUAAGUGAUAGACAAGAAGUACAGCAGUCUCAAGUUGAAUUGACAAAUCAACAGAAAGAACGUCGUUUAACCUUGGAUGAAGUUAUGCCUUCAAACGCGCAGUUUGAAGCGUACCGACAGAAUAAGAGUAUUGGUUUACCGACAAAAGUACAGCAGGAUAUUAUAAAAGUCGCAUUUGAAGAGAUUAUAGGGUCUGAUGAUUUUCAAACGACAAAGAGCGCUCAAAAAAAGAUACACCUUCUUAAUGUUACAGUAGCUGGCUCGAACACUGCAGAUAUCACUGCUCUUGCAAAUCUGGUCUUUCGAACAACUACUGCUGGACGCGGUGCACCAGUCGCGCGUGAAUUAUACAGAAUAGCUAUGGAUAAUGGGGACAGUGAUGCCGCAUUUAGCUAUGCUAAUAUUCUGUGCAAGGGUUCUGGGGGCACUGCUCGUAAUGUCGCGGAGGGCAUGAAAAUUCUCUCGCAAUUAGCAUCCAAAGGCCAUGUGUAUGCUCAAUUUAGUCUUGCGUCGAUGUUGGCGAGAGAGGAAAGCGGUUAUAAAAAAGCAAUCGAGUUGUAUGAACUGGCUGGUCGCGGUGGUAUUUCCGAUGCGUGGACUGAAAUUGGACGGAUGUAUAGGGGAGGAAUUGGCGUUGAGCAAGAUAAUGAGAUGGCGUUUCAAUAUUUCAAAAAGGGUGCUGAUGCAAAAAAUGCCCAAUCGAUAUUCAUGAUGGGAGUUUAUUACAGUAGUGGACUAGCUACCAAAGAUGGGAAAACAAAUGAGGAGAAAGCCUUUAAAUACUUUAUGUCUGCAGCAUCACAAGGUUUGCCUGAAGCCCAAUACAAUGUAGGUUAUCGGUACUUUCGCGGUAUAGGCACCGAGCAAAAUUAUGGUCUGGCUGUAGCGUACUGGAAAAUGGCUGCCGCUCAAGGAUUUCGUGUAGCUCAGAUGAAUCUAGCAAGAAUGUAUAAUGAUGGACUAGGGAUCGAGCAAAACAUAAGUCUUGCGAAACGAUACUACAAGUUAGCAGCAAACUGA